AUGGCUGUUUUCCGGCUGUUGCUGCUGCUGCAAGUGGGAUUUGUGAUCGGAUCAAACCAUAAAUACGCGGAAUGGUCAGCGCAUGGGAGCGAUAUCAGAGCACAGGAGGCGAUUCACGGCGCUCAGACGCACCGUCGGCAGCUGGCGCAUCUCCGUGCACCUCCUCAUCCACCCGGGGAGACGGCGGAGCUGCCGCAGAAAAUAGAGGAGCAUCUCCCCAGGGUGGUCACGGCUUUUCUCCACACGGGGGACUCGACCACCUUAAAGCACGCUAACUGCUCGCGGAGGUACGAGCUCACCUCUCUGCGGGGAAGGUCACAAGCCAGCCCGCAUCACUCCAUGAGCAGCGUGCUGGAUACGGUGCUGCACGCCACAAACUUCCUCAACAUGAUCCUGCAAGCCAACAGGUCCAGGGAGCAGAGUCUCCGGCGAGACAUUGAGUGGUACCAUGCCUUAGUCAGGAGUAUACUGGAGGGGGACGCCAAGAUUCACCGGGCGGUUGUCACUUUUAGCGCGGAUUCGUCCGUGGCGGGGCCCUCGGUGCUUCUCCAAGCCACCAGGGCCGGCGGAGAGAUAGUCCUCCAAGACCUUUCCAGCAUGGCCCACCACCAUCUGCACAACCACACCGCGGACACAGAGUGGUACCACGGGGUCAAAGACAAGAAGAAGCCCAGUUUCCAUAAGAGGGUGCUGAGCCAAGAUUUCAGAUCAGUCUCUUUAAAGAGAGGAGAGAGUUUUAUCCCGGACAAGACGCACGUCAAGUGGUCUGCGCCCUACCUGGAGUGUGAAAAUGGGAAUUUUGUCCCCCGUUGGCUUCUGACCUUAUCGGCUGCCUUCUAUGGCCUGAAGCCCAACCUGGCUCCUGAAUUCAGGGGUGUGGUGCGCGUUGACAUUAAUCUACAGGAUGUUGAUAUCGACCAGUGCUCCACUGACGGCUGGUUUGCUGGAACUCAUCGAUGCAACACGACCACUAUGGAGUGUUUGCCGAUCCACGGUCAUGGAUUCGUCUUGGACAAGUACAAGUGCCACUGCAAGAAAGGAUUCUACCACCCCAACAGAGUAGCUGUCAACGGCUUCACCAAUAUGGGGAAAAUGGGAAAAGCUGCAGACAACGGUCCCAAUGCAGACGAGGGGUCAUCCAGCGACUGCCUGCCAUGCCAGCAGGGCUGUGCCUUCUGCAAAGACGACACCCCCUGUGUGGCACGAGAGGACGGCGCUCUUCGCAUGGCCGUGCUCUCCUUCCAAUGCCUCUGUUUGCUGAUCGUCUUCGUUAGCAUGGUACUCAUCUACCACUUUCGCAGGAAUAAGAGUAUCAGAGCAUCAGGACUAGUCCUACUGGAGGCCAUCCUGUGUGGAGCUCUGCUUCUCUACUUUCCGGUUGGGAUUCUCUAUUUCCAGCCGAGUGUUUUCCGCUGCAUCCUGCUGCGAUGGGUUCGACUGCUCGGUUUCGCUACCGUCUACGGGACACUGACGCUUAAGUUAUACAGGGUGCUGAAGGUGUUCCUGUCCCGCACAGCCCAGAGGAUCCCCUAUAUGACCAGCUGCCGAGUGUUGCGUCUGCUGGCCAUCAUCCUGCUCAUCGUCUGCUGGUUCCUGGUAGCUUGGACAUCUGCCGUCUGUCAGAACCCGGACAGGAAGUUGGCUCUCAUCGACGUGGGCUACACGCCCGACGGGCUGCAGUUCAGUAUGUGCCUGCUGGAUCGCUGGGACUACAUGAUGGCUGUCGCUGAGUUCCUCUUCCUGCUGUGGGCAGUCUACCUGUGUUACGCUGUGAGGACGGUGCCGUCAGCGUUCCACGAGCCUCGCUACAUGGCCAUCGCUGUUCACAACGAACUUGUCCUGUCAGCGAUAUUCUAUGUCAUCAGGUUCACUCUUGCUCCGGAGCUCCAUCCAGACUGGAUGCUGCUGCUGUUCUUCACCCACACCCACUUAACUGUAACAGUCACACUGGGUCUCCUACUCAUCCCUAAGUUCCUGUUUGCUGGCACCCACAUGAGAGAUGAUAUAGCCUCUGAGGCCUAUGAGGAUGAGCUGGAUAUGGGUCGUUCUGGGUCAUAUCUCAAUAGUAGCAUCACAUCAGCGUGGAGCGAACACAGUCUGGAUCCUGAGGACAUUCGGACACCUGAAGAAAUGGGCCAUCUCAGUUCUAUUAAUGGCUGUGGCGUAAGGUCUUGCGACAGUCUUUGGGAAAAACGUACCAACGAGGAGUUGAAGAAACUUUAUUCCCAAUUGGAGAUUUACAAGAGGAAGAAGAUGCUGGCAAACAACCCUCAUCUCCAGAAGAAGCGGAGCUCCAAAAAAGGGCUGGGUCGCUCACUGAUGAGACGCAUCACUGAGAUUCCAGAAUCGGUGCACCGGCAAUGCAGCCGUGAAGACAAGGAUGCUGGAGAGCACGGGAGCAACCGUAACAGCAUCUGCAUGUUGAAGAAGAACCCCUUUGAGCCAACUCACACAGGAAAGCCAGCGAAGGAGGAGACACUAAAGAACAAGGUUUUCUCCCUCAAGAAGUCCCACAGCAGCUACGAUCACGUCCGUGACCAGAGUGAAGACUCCAACAGCUCAACAACGGACAAGAUGGAUGUGACCACCGCAGAAGGAUCCCUCCUGGAUACACUUAUGGGCAAGAAGUUGGUCAAGAAGAAGUCAAGUGAGAAUAUAAAUGCCCCCAGUGAAUCUACAGAAUCAGUUCCCCUGGUCUGCAAGUCAGCCAGCGCCCAUAACCUCACUGCAGACAAGAAACCAAUUCAUCCAAGAGCAUCCAUGCUGCAGAAGUCCCUCAGUGUCAUUGCCAGUGCCAAAGAGAAGACUUUAGGCUUGACAGGAAAGACCCAGACCACAGAGGACAGCAAUAAGAAGAGUCAGCCAAAGGGCAAGGACACAAAUGCCAAUGCAGAACCAGAAAAUGAAUGCCAACCCAAGAUGAUUAUUAGCCAGUCGGUUGAGUACAAACAGAGUGCAGCAAAAGGCAGGAUCAUGAAACAGCCAGUGGGUGGCAGCCAGCCUGCAAUCUGUUCCGAUCCAGCCAAGGGAAAGGACCUCUAUGAUCUCUCAGAAGUGUGUCCCUGGGAAGUGGAGGAUCUCCCAACUCCGUCUGAAAACAAGGUCCAAAAGCAUGUAUCCAUAGCACCAAAGGAAACCACAACAGUUCACGGAGGUAGCACCAAGGGAGCCAAAUCUCAGCAGCAGAAGCAGAAAGCUUCAGAUCAAUCUCCAUCGAGUGGCAGGCAUUCAAAGGAAAUUCAGAGGACAACUGCUGUACGAGCAGAGAUAUGUCCGUGGGAAGAUGGAAGUGAAAGUCAAGGCAGUCAAGUGGAAGGCUCGAAGCAACAAAUAUACAGUCAGGCAAGCAAACCUGCCAAUACCCAGCAGCCUCAUUGUGCAACAGAGAGCUUCAAAGCACAUCGGGUAGACGUUUGUCCAUGGGACUUCGAAGAGGCCCAAAAGACAACAGAUUUAGCUCAUUCACCAGAUAUGUCAAAACAAAGAAAAGGCACCUCUCCUGUGGAUGGGAAAGGGAGAAGUACCCUUUCAGAUCCAUCCAAAAUAGGAGGCUCACUCCAACCACCAUCUACAAAAGCUGAUGUAUGUCCAUGGGACUACGACAGCACUGCCGUAUCUCCAACUUCUGGACAGAGGACACCUAGUCCCUCUCGAGCAUCCAAAAACAAGGAAUCCCCUUCGAAAAAGAAGGGUGCCACUUUCACAAGAACAGUUGAGAAAGAGAAAUCAAAAGACGCUGAUGAUGAGAAAAGUAGAACAAAAGCUAAGGACAAGAGUAAAUCUUCAGAGAAAAAUGUGAGCCAACAAAAAAUGGCUGAGGUAUGCCCGUGGGAUGUAGAGAGUCAUCAGGAAGUGCCAAUGGUAGAAAAAAGGAAAAGUGCGAAUGUUGGAGCAGCCAAAGCAAAGCCGGCGGAAGUCUGUCCGUGGGAUUUUGAGGAUACGUCAGAUCAAAAAGGUAUAGACAAAAGUGCUUCUGUCGGGAAACAGAGCAAUCCUAAAGUUCUAAGUGCUGCUAAGAAGGCAGAUGUUUGUCCCUGGGACUUUGAGGAUAGCACUUCGAGCAAGAAGGCAUGA